UCUUAGGCCAGCCAAAGAAAGUAUGCUCAUCAUACGUUUAUCACCUAUGAUGUGAAUAUGUUUUCAUAACAAAAUUACGUACUAAAGAGAGAAGUUUAGCCAGCCUUCAUGCUCAUCAUUGGGUUUUAGAAAAUUUUGUUUUAUCUUAUUGAUACUUAGAUGGUUAAUUCUCUAUAUCUCCAUGUAUACUAAGUUGAUGAUUCCAAAUUCUUCUUUCUUUUCUGAUGAAUACGAAUUGCUGUCAACAGGUGGUGUCAACAGCAUUACUAUUGGGUCUGGAACAAGUAUAUAAGAUAAUUCUUUUGUUCAUGUUGCAAAAUCUAAUUUAAGUGGAACGGUUUUACAGACCAUUAUUUGGAAUAAUGUUACCGUGAGUGAGUGAUGUAAUUACCAAUUUCAGCAAUUAUCCUGUGAGUCGUAGAAUCUAGUUAAUUAGUACCAGUUUAAACUGGACAGGUCACAGUGCUGUUUUACAUUGAUGUAUUGUUGAGGAUGAGGCAUUUGUUGGCAUGGGUGCAUUCCUAGUGGAAGGAGUCUAUGUUGAGAAAUGGUUGCUGCUGGAGCUCUUGUAAGGCAAAAUGCUAAGAACAUUCUGCAUUAUAAAAUACCCAGAACUGCUUGAGGGUUCAGUAAUUCCAUUGUACAGUUCUUCUCUUCAGGUUCAAUGUCACUGAAUAUUGUGUUAUUUACAGAGAACGGUUGCUUUUCAGUUCCAAUAAUUCUGGGGGAGAAGCCAGGCCACUGGUCUUAAUGUGCACAUUCAGGCUGUGAGGCAUAUGCUUAUUCUCAUCCUCUGAGUUUAGAAACUUGAGUUUGUGUUCUUCAGAAUGAUUAGAGUAGGAAAGAUAUCUGGAUGUUGAACUUGAAGUCGUUCACAACUCUCCUGUAGUAUGUGGGGGUUAACAAUGGGGUUAGUCCCCUUGGUGUCGCUAAGAGUGGGUAUGGUUCCGUUUUGCUUACAAUUAAAAUUAAAUUAUUAAU